AUCAAUAAUAAAAAUGCAAUGGGUUUAUUUCAGUCAUCAUUUAUUUAAAUCUUUAGACACACUGUAUAUUAUAAAAUAAUUUAAUCCUGAACGUUCGCUGAGUGUCGUAAAGUUUUUCUACUUGUUUUUUUUCUCUCCAUCAUUUUCACGACAUAACUUCAGUUUAAAACGAAUUCUUGGCCAGUUAGGACGAUACUCUGUUUUGUGAGCUUUGUGAAAAUUUCUUUGUAAUUUUGAAGUUAAUGUUCAUCGUCUAAGACGGAUUUACGAGUACGUCUUACAUAUUCCUUUUUGGAAACGACUUCGUCGGAUUUACGGCCCAAGUUUAUUCUUUUUGAUUUUUGGAAGCGAACCUCCGCAUCUCAAUGGAGGUUUUAGUUUAUCCCUGUAAAAUUCUAUAAGUAAUUAGAGAAUUACGCACUAAAUAUAUCUACCGAACGCCUAAGGAUUUGGUCGCCAAACUACAUCACUCCUAGAAACCUUGACAACUCUCUGGCUGGUGUUCCUAACUAGAAAAGUCGCAUAAUCUCCAGGAAAAAGGGGGUAAAAUCGAAAGUCGGCACGUGGCUUCUUCCAUCCGCCAUUUUGUCGCCAAUUCUGGUAAUCGACGAUUUCCUGCCGCCAAAUUCCCUAAGUCCGGUGACCUCCAAACCGCAGGCUUCCAUCUUGUAUUCUCAAGUUCAUCCGCUAUAGACUGUAGGUCCAUGGAAACAUCGACAAAUGGUAACAGUUCAUCCACUAUAGACAAAGAAUCCAUGGAAACAUCGUCAAAUGUUAGCAACCGUACGGCAAAACCUGCAGAAGAACACUACAGAAUCAAUAAUGAAGAUGAGUCCGACAUAGAAGCCAGUGACAAUAAUUCAUAUCUUGACCAUAUUGACGGAUCUGAGUUAGUAAAUUUAAAAGGUUUGGUGGAAGAAGAUCCCGAAAAAAUACCGACUAGUUUUGCUGCAACGAAAACAGCUGCGCAAGGAAUGAUGGACAUAGCCCUUAUUACAGCAAACGCCAAUCAGCUCCGAUACGUUUUAGAAUAUGGCAAAUACAUACCGACAUACCAUUUGCUUAUAGCUCUAAUAGCUAUUUCAUUAAUAUUACAAGCUAGUGUUGGAGUUUGUCUGAUAUUUAAAGGAAGAAUGGAUUUUAAGGGAAAUGGUAAAAAUAAGAGGGCAAAAAAACUGAAGAAUAUAGUUGUAGUAAAGAUAUUUUUUAUCACCAUUAUCAACGUGUUCAUUGCUUGCUUUACGACUAGCGAUAAAGUUGAACUAAAUAAAUACUAA